AUAAAAAAAAAAAAAAAAAAAUCGGCUGUUUUGUCGACAACAAGCUCCAAGUGCUCAGUCAUUGUGGUUCUGCUGGUCCCGGUUCUGGCACAAUGAGGAGCCUGGUCGUGUUGGUGUUGGCGGCGUUAGCCUUGACGAACGACGCCCUGGUUCGAAUUCCCUUAAAGAAAUUCCGUUCAAUCCGACGCGAACUGACCGACUCGGGAAAAAGAGCCGAUGAGCUGCUGGCCGACAGACACUCCCUGAAGUACAACCUGGGCUUCCCGUCCAGUACCGGACCCACUCCAGAAACGCUGAAGAACUACCUGGAUGCUCAGUACUACGGGGAGAUCAGUCUGGGCACGCCUCCCCAGCUGUUCACGGUGGUGUUUGACACCGGCUCGUCCAACCUGUGGGUCCCCUCCGUCCACUGCUCCCUGAUGGACAUCGCCUGCCUGCUUCACCACAAAUAUAACUCCGCUAAAUCCAGCACAUACGUGAAGAACGGCACCGCCUUCGCCAUCCAGUAUGGAUCCGGCAGUUUGUCCGGAUACCUCAGCCAGGAUACCUGCACCAUCGGCGACAUUGCCGUGGAGAAUCAGCUGUUCGGCGAAGCCAUCAAGCAGCCCGGCAUCGCCUUCAUCGCAGCCAAGUUCGACGGGAUCCUGGGCAUGGCGUACCCCCGGAUCUCCGUGGACGGCGUGGCUCCUGUGUUCGAUAACAUCAUGAGCCAGAAGAAGGUGGAGCAGAACGUCUUCUCCUUCUACCUGAACAGGAACCCGGAAACGCAGCCGGGAGGCGAGCUGCUGCUGGGAGGAACCGACCCGAAAUAUUACAGCGGAGAUUUCCACUACGUCAACAUCAGCCGGCAGGCCUACUGGCAGGUCCACAUGGACGGGAUGGCGAUCGGCAGCCAGCUGAGUUUGUGUAAAGGCGGCUGUGAGGCCAUCGUGGACACCGGGACGUCUCUGAUCACCGGCCCGGCCGCCGAGGUCAAAGCUCUGCAGAAGGCCAUCGGCGCGCUGCCGCUCAUCCAGGGAGAGUACAUGGUGCCCUGUGAAAAGGUCCCAACGCUGCCAAUCAUCACCUUCAACAUCGGCGGACAGACCUACAGUCUGACCGGAGACCAGUACAUCCUCAAGGUGAGUCAGGCAGGUCUGGCUGCUCUGCUCCUUCUGUCAGGUUUACUCACAGGACAUUAAAGGGGACCCAUUAUGCAAAAUUCAUA